AUGCAACUGCAAAGGCAAUCUCACCCACGUCAUCUCCUCCAAAAGGCUUAGCAUCGAUCCCUCGCUUCUCCACGGCCCCGAUCACCGACGAACGGAACAUCCCGAGGCCCAUCACUCCGAAUAUCCCGGCGACUUCUCAGCGGCACACUUCCCCAUCCCACGCUCACGGCGUCUAGGGAGUUAAGGGGGCUACUUCCUACCCGGUCUUGCUCCUUACACCCGCAGACUCCCUCGCACGUCCGCAAUGCUACCCUUACAAGGCCUAGCCACGUCUUCGCGGCUGCUCCGUACCGCCCUGGCCAGCGGCAGCAGAGCCGCUUCGUCCCCACCAGCAGUCCGCGAUUUACAUUCCACCGCUCGCAGAUGUCUAGCCGCCGUGCAGCCCACUUCAAAGGGAGGGACCAUGCCGGGAUCCGAGGACCGCUUUGUCAAAAUUGUAGAAGUAUCUCCUAGAGAUGGUCUACAGAAUGAGAAGAACGUCGUAAGCGUAGAGACCAAGGUGGAGUUGAUUAGGAGGUUGCAAGAGGCUGGGGCUGCUUGUAUCGAGGCGGGAAGCUUUGUUAGUCCCAAGUGGGUGCCGCAGAUGGCAGACACGGCAGCUGUCCUCUCUUCGAUGCCAAUCAAGCCAGGAGUGAGCUAUCCGGUCCUCGUGCCCAAUGCAAGAGGUCUGGAGGAUCUCCUCGCGCUCCUCUCAAAGGCAGACUCAACGCAACCGCCUCUGACAGACGAGAUUGCCAUCUUCACCGCCGCGACCGAGUCUUUCACCAAGCGCAAUACCAAUGUCUCCAUUGCCGAGUCCAUCGACCGGCUCGCAAGAGUGACAGAGCAGGCUCUAGCCCGUGGGCUCAAAGUGCGCGGGUACAUCUCCGUCGUUGCUGGUUGUCCAUACGAGGGGGCCGUAGAUCCGCAAGUGGUGGGGAGCAUCUCUAAACAGCUCUUCGACAUGGGAUGCUACGAGGUCAGUCUGGGAGAUACAGUCGGUGUGGGCCAUCCAGCUUCGAUGUUGGCUGUUCUAGAGGCUUGCGCAAAGUACAAUCCACCUGCACUCCAUGCCGCUCACUGCCAUGAUACUUUUGGUACAGGCUUAGCAAAUGUACUGGCAAUGGUUAAAGCUGGCGUAAAGACCGUAGAUGCCGCCGUUGGUGGACUGGGAGGAUGUCCUUACUCCCCCGGCGCUACAGGGAACAUCGAUACAGAGAGCGUUAUUUAUGCUCUGCAUCAAGAAGGGUACGAGACUGGUUAUGAUCUGAUCAAGACUGCAGAGGCGGGAGAGUGGAUCGCAAAGGCCGUGGGAAAGGAGAACAAUAGCAGAGCUGGUAAGGCACUUCUGGCUAAAGCUAGACAAGCCCUGGCCCAAAAUCAACAAGCAAAAUUAUAACGACGGUAGUGUGCAACGAUCCAAAUGUAUUAGUACAAUAGCAAUGAAGUAGCAUGACAUAGUGGUAUACUGGAAGUGGCGCUCAGUCGUCCAUUGAAUCGUCCUCGUCCUCUUCUGCAUUCUGACUCUCAGAGUCGCCCUCAUCAUCAUUGCGCUCGUUAUCACCCUCGUCCGGCUCCUCCUCUUCGUCAGAAACAAUCUGUGCACUUUCAUCCCUUUGCACCUUCAAAGGCCUGCCGCGCUUCUUUAUCACUCGAUCAAUCAUAAUGCUGACCGCCUGCGAGUGAGGAAGUCGGGCCUCCUUGCGCAAACGUCUCAGCAGCGUCAGCUCCAUGUCUCUGACCACCUCGCCCAUCU